AUGGAUCAACAACUCCUGACUCUUUUACAGGCAUUGGGUACUAUGUACUCCAAUGCAGAGUACUCUACGAAGCAAAAGGCUAACGACUACUUGCAACAAUUUCGUCAGUCUCAAGAAGCUUGGACGAUCUCCCAUUUGAUCUUGGAUGACGAAACCAACCAAUUUGACCUUCAAACCAAGCUUUUUGCCGCCCAAACUUUGCGAGCCAAAAUCAGUUUCAAUUUAUCACAAGUGCCAAGCGAUGGGUUGGAUCAAAUUAAAGAUUCUUUAAUCAAAUUGAUCAUCAGUUACACCACCAAAAACAUCAAAGUUAUUAGAACUCAACUCAAUAUCGCGCUAGUGAGUUUGUCUUUACAACAUUUAUCAUGGGAAAAUCCAGUAGCUGAUAUAAUAGCCGUCUUCGAGGCUCAAUCACAACAAAACUCUAGCUACACCAAUGCUUACUUGGCCUCGUUGUUCGAAUUUUUGAAGAUUUUGCCAGAAGAAUGUUCAGAUAUCAAUAAGACACCAUUAUCUGACAGCGAUUUUGCUGCAAGGACUAGUGUUUUGAUUUCUAAAAACAAGGCCAACGUCUUGCAAUUACUUAUCCAAUUAUCUACCUCGGAGGACAAGCAAACUAGUGCUGCCGUUUUGGACUGUCUUAACUCUUGGAUUACCGAAAUUCCAAUCACCAAAAUUUUGUCCACCGCUUCGCUUUACCAAUUGAUUUUCAAUAACCUUUUACACGAGCAGAAUUUUGACUUAUCUAUCGAAGCGUUGAUUUCAAUUAUCAAAGAAACCCAGGAUAUUGAAAACUUGGAUCUCAUUUCUGACUUGUACCAAGAAUUGAUUAAAUUAAAACCUUUGUUGUUUGAAAACUUUGAGAGUUUUGAGAUUGUUAAAGGGUUAACCAGAUUGUUUGUGGAGAUCGGAGAAUGUUGGAAUGCUUCAAUUAUUAAAAACCCAGAAUAUUUUAAAGACUUGAUCGAAAUCUUAUUGAAAUGUUGUGAAUUCAAAGAUGAUUUAGAUGUCAUUAGAUUAACUUUUAAUUUCUGGGAUCUGUCGGCUAUAAUGUUGGAAGCCCCAGCACAUGCAGACAGCAAAAAAGCGUUUGCUCCUGUUUUCCUUAGAUUGAUAGAAAUCAUUAUUGACCAGUUGGAGUACCCAGAAUCCGACGAUGAUGACAAUAAUGCUGAACAAUCGACCAAAGAUUUAUUUGACGGGGACUUAGAAGCCAAGGAAAAGUUUGUCGAGUUCAGAUACGACAUGGGUGAUGUUUUGAAAGCUUGUUGUUUGAUCGUCGGUUCUAGCGAUUCGUUGGCUGUUCCAUAUAACAAAUUGCAGAACUUGGCUCAAAAUGAGGGAGCCAUGAAAUUCAGCUGGCAAAAAAUAGAGGCACCAUUAUUCUCAAUGAGAUCAAUGGCCAACAAAGUGGACUCUCAAGCCAGUAAUGAUAUGUUAAACAACAUCUUCCAGCUUUUAUUGCACUUGAUUCAAUCGAACUCUCCACUUAUACAAUAUAACAGAAUCAAAUAUGCAGUUACCCUUGUAUUUGGGAGAUACACAGAAUAUACUAGUAACCAUCCAAGUUUAUUAGAACCUCAAUUGGAUUUUAUUUUUAAUAAUUUGAAUACUGCGGCAAAUAAGGCACAAACCACUGAACAAGAAAAGGAUCUUUUGGUGGCUUCUUCAAAUUCUCUCAUGUACUUCUGCCAAGAUUGUGCGUCAUUAUUGGUGCCGCUUUUGGAUAAAUUCUAUGAGUUUUAUACCUCUAUUAAAAACAAUAGCAAUGUUGAUUCUUCGGUGAUUUAUGAAAUCACCGAUGGUAUCUCUCAUGUCAUCAACGCUCAACCUUCAGAAGAAGAAACCUACAAUACUGCCAAGAUCUUCCUUCAACCAACUUUGGAGGAGUUGAACGUAUUCAACCAAAACGCCCCACAAAUAUUACAAUCAAAGAAUGAUGAUGAUAUCGCGUACAAAACUAUUGCUGACAAGAUUGAGUUGGUGACGAUCUUAUUAACUUUCCUUGAACCAAUGGAUUACCAAUCGAACGUCAACAGAAUUGCUGAUCUAGUGAUUGAAGUUUUCCCAUUAAUGGAAUCCCUUUUCACUAAUUUCAAAAAUAGCUUCAAAAUUUCUGAAAGAAUUGUGAAGUUUUUAAAAGUGCAGAUUGAAGUACAUACAACUUACUUGGUUUCUAUUUUGCCAAGAGUUAUCGACUUGGUUAGUAAAGGUUACGAAACUACUAAAUAUGGUUGCUAUUUAUGGUUAACUGGUAUUAUCAUCAAACAAUUCAACGAUGAUUACGUGAGUGAUGAUAUUAAACAAGGGGUUUUCAAUUUCGGGAUUUUGCAAGGUAAAUUAUUUUCUAGUUGGUUGAUUGAACAACUUCCAGGAACCAAUAUUCCUCUUCUAGCCUCCAAUGACAGAUCGUCGACAAGUUAUGAAAGUUUAGAAAAUGAAAGAUCGAAACUUUUCGACCAAUUGAUCAAUGUUGAAGAUAAGGUUGAAGACUUUUUCAGAAUGCUUGAUGAUUUGAUUCUUCAAUUCCCAUUCAAGGUUAUUGGUGAUUUACAUAAUAGUGACUCGAUGGUCCAACAAAGUUUCCAAAUCGGUAUAUUGGCAUUGAAUCUAGAUAAAUAUGAUCCAGUGAUCAACACUAUCAGAUUCUUAAUCGACUUUGUUUCUUGGGGUAAUGAAGUGCCACCGAUUUCCAUGGUGAAGAGUAACCCAAUUGAGGUCAGAGAAACGGUUUGUAAAUUCUUACUCAGCUCGCCAGCGGGAGGUUUCAAUGGCGAAUCACAAGAUACCAAUGGUUUAUUGUUAUUCAAUAUGUGCUUCAAAGGAUUGCUUUUCAAAUUCCCCCGCGAUGCCGAGUUUGAAACCUAUGAUUUGGUUAACAGAUUGGUGAAAUUGGUGUUUGUGCUUUCCAACAAUAAUGUGGCAUUGAUCAGAUCCUGGGUAGAGUUUGCAAUCGAGGACUUACCACUAAACUCUGUUAGCGAUCAAGAAAAGAUCAAAACACUAGGCGAAGUGGAAGCUGCCUUGAGUAAAAAUGAUUUUAGAAAAUUCAAAGCAUGUCUUAAACUCUUCAUCAAUUACUAUUGGAGAAAGCAUGCUCAUGAUUAG